GACUUUGACUGGGGACUUUGAUAACCAGUUUAUUGGAAAUUUCAACUCUUAUACCAUGCAUUGCCUUUCAAGAGCGUAAGGAAUAUGUUUAAAAUGAAUUUAAAUGAAAUACAUUAAAUUUCGUAUCUUUUUCUGGAAAGCGUUCACUACACGUGGGCUUCCUGACUUCGUCCCAUCGACCAUUGAGCGCUUCGUAAGCAAAAUGGCGCGAAGCGUGCGUUUGGAUUCUUCUGCGUUAUUUUUUUACGAGUAUAGCGAUUUUUCAUGCUUAUUUGGCAAAUUAUUUUGAUUGAGAUUAUUACAUCUCUUAAAGGAAGAUGCAUAGGGAUAUUUAGAAUCUAGUAUGUGAAGAAUUCAUUGAGAAGCAAAAGGAGCAGAGUUUUUUAGCCACUCCCCAAGAUGAUUCCUCGAUAGUUGAGGUACGACCUCAAAUCGAGGAGCUUGAGGGAGUGGUCAACACUCUGCUCUCCAUCAAAGAUCAAAAGACUGAAGUGCAGCCUUCAAAAAUAAUGAAAAUACUCAAUAGCCACAACACAAACUUCAAGGUGGGCGUCCAGCAGGACGCUCAUGAGUGUCUGUGUAUAUUGUUAGAUAUUUUUUCCAAGCUACCAAAAUCACAGCAAACCUUCAUGGGGGCGUGUAGCCCAAGACAAACAUGUUUUGUUUGUGAUGACCAGACACAAUGUGAUAUCGAAAACUUCAAUGGCCUAACCCUGCCGGUAGCCCCAACAAUCAAUGAGGCAAUGAAACAAUAUUUCGAGGACGAAAUACUCGACGGCCACAACAAAGUGUACUGCGAAAGAUGCCAAAAUAAAACUAAAACCGGUAGGGUUAGGCAUAUUCUUCUCUUCCCGUCCACGCUUUUUUUUAGUUAUAAUGAGAUAUGGUCUAGAAAAGAAAAAUUGUUGACCAAUCAAAUUAGAAAGAAAACUGUACAUUCCGGAUCAAUUAAGCGUGGAUGGGGAGAGUCCUUCGUACACCCUCCAAGGAAUUGUGAUUCAUCAAGGCAGAAAUUGCCAUACAGGACAUUGGCAGACUCCAUGACAGGAAACUCAUAUACUGUAUAUUNACAAUCCAACCCUGAAAAAAAACCACUUGAAAUCCGUCAAGAAUCAAGACCCGCGGAUGCAAAGGAACCAGACGCUCUGAGGAUAAACCUUGAUAAAAAAACAAGAAAGGAGGUAAAUGAGAUGAUGGCGCAAGAAGAUGAUGAUAAAAUUAUAUUCAAUGACAGCAGACUGGUUCUCACAAAAAAGGAUUUAAGAACCCUCAAAGGAAGCACAUGGUUAAACGAUAAGGUUUGUUAGCUACAAUAAGAUUUGCAAGCUUGUGAUAUGACAUACAGGACCAGCGAUCGCUAGUUUUGACUUGUAAUUACAGCUGUUGGGAUCGGGAUCAUCUGUAUAAAAUAAACAGUGAUAGAUUGUUUAAGCUGGGGGAUCAGGGAUCCGA